ACUACUGCUAAGGUGCUAGUACCCCAUGCGAGGCUAGCUAAAGAGUGAAGUAGGCCAUCGAUCUACCAGAUCUUCAGCCGCCUCCUCUUGCUCAUGGUCCUUGGUUUUUACUGGUUUUUCAAGAUUGGCGCAAGGGAUUUCAUUUGUUCUCAGCAAAGCAAGGGAUUUAUCUACCAGAAAACUUCUGUACAGUUUUUUUUGUCAGAGCCAGAACAGUCAAGCACUGAAUCUAGAGUCCUUGAUGGAGCACAAAACUUGGAUGUCUCUUCUGGAAACAACAAAGAUGAACAGGAACCUCAUGAAAAUGGAUCAGUCGUAGUGAAUAACAAUGGUGAACUUAACCAUAGUAGAAAUGAAAGGAUUCUGAAUGGAAACGCAGAUAAGGAAGCACCUGAUGGUCAUUUCCUCAGUAAGCAAACCUACCCCAUCAGAUAGCCACAAAUUGACGGACCAAGAGAAUGAAAAUGAUGUGAUGUAGCGGAUGCAUGUAGGCAGACACAUCUAGUCAUUCACUCAUUCGACUGCUAUGAUAUGCUCACUGAAAAUUCUGUCCAAUAUGGUCCUCAUUGGGAUCUGUUGUGCAGGCUCAACCGACAUAGCCUCCAUUGCAAUUUUCAGCCAUGCGGCCCCCAUUCCUUGUCUGAUUGCAGGUCUACUAGAUUGCAAUCCUAUGAUGUCACAGAGAAUAUGUAUAGAUGAUUUUAGUUGUAAUGUUAAGUUGUACUGUGAAAAUAAUCUGAGAUUUCCACUUUGGAGCUUGUGAAAAUAA